UCGGAGAUAUUUUUAUUCGGAGCGUAAAACUGUGAGUCACGAAAAAAAAGAAUAACAAACAAAAUGGCGGAGUUCGAAGUGUUUCUACAGGGAGGUUCUCCUUGGGGCUUUCGUUUGCAGGGUGGUAAAGAAUUUAGAGCACCCUUACGUAUUUCAAAGGUUGAACCUGGUGGAAAAGCAGAUAUUGCAGGUAUUAAAGUUGGCGACGAAGUCACAGAAAUAAAUGAAGUUAAAACUGAAACGUUAUAUCACACAGAAGCCUUAACUGCUGUCAAACGUGCACAUUCAACUUUGUCUCUUGUUCUACUGAGAAAUGAGAAUGAGGUGCAGAUUACAACCACUGUGGAGAAGACACGAUCUGUGCCAUCAUCCCCAACUGCACCUCGAAGCAAUAGCGACAAUAUAUUUGUUCCAGGAGGUCAAGGCUACAUGAAAAAAAUAAUGGCGAAAGCAGACACCCUUGAUUUCGAUGACUUACCUCCAAUGGACAGAGAGAGGAGCAAAACCUUACCAAAGAAAUCUACUCUACAGCAUCAAAGUGCAUCGUACGACUCCAAAAGUUUACCAAGAAAGUCAACUUUGAAUUUGACACCUGAUUUUCAGAGUAAUAUUCCUAACAAGGCACCUGACUGGUAUAAGCAAAUGUACAAGGACAUCCAUAAAAGUAUGGAAGGUGAAUCUCAUUUGUCCAAGUUACUUUCAACAGACGCUCAACGUGGCGCAUUCCGUAAAUAUGAUGGAGUUUCAACAAAUGACAGUGAAAGAAAAACCUCAGUUGAAGAGCAAACUAAAAAUGUUCCUCGUCGUUUGCAAGGUGGAGGAAGAUCUAUAGCAAAACAUCCCAAUCGCAAGUCGCUACCAAAUAUCCAUGCAUCAAAUUUUAAUUUCAUGAAUCCUAAUAAUACAAGGUUAACAGAUGGUUGGAAGAAACCAGAAAACCGCAAAUCUAUCAAUUCAGAUUUCUAUCGUCAAUUGCAAAAGGGUGGUGAUGUACCAGUAACAGGACUGGCCACAGCUAAGUCAAAAGAAUCAUGGGAAGAGACGGUUGCACCGAAAAAAGAAACGAAAAUUGAUUAUAACCAGACAUACAGUUACUUGCAGCAAGAAAAAGAGAAAGGCCAUUUCAUUGCUAAGCAACCUAGUAUUAAUACCGAAUACAAUAAACCGCCAGACUUUUUGGAGUUGCGAAAACUGGAAUUGAAAAAUCGAGAACUGGAGAAAGAACGCGAAGAGCUGCGUGAGAAACGCGAGAGGGAACGUAUCAUGGAGGAAGAGAAGUUAAAAAGGCAAGCAGAAGAAGAUAGGUUAAGAAUUGCAAAAGAACAGGAACGAAUACGAGCCGAAGAUGAACGGGAGAAACAGAGAAUUGCUGAGAAGGAGAGAUUGCGCAAAGCAGAAGAAGAGAGGUUAAGAAAAAUGGAGGAGGACAUACUCAAGUCACAAGAUGAAGUCGACCAAAUAUUAGCGAAGACAGAAAAACAAAUUAAAAUAGAGAAAUACGGAAGAGCGAAGUAUUCAUUCCAUCCACAGGGUCCAGGGGAGCUUGAAUUCAAGAAAGGAGACACUAUUCAUAUUUUGCAAGCGAUUGAUCAGAACUGGCUGGAAGGAGAAGUACAUGGUGAAAUUGGUAUCUUUCCAUGUACCUAUGUGGAGAUUUUCGAAGAAACAGCAGCAGAACUCAAACCUAUUGAAUCGAAAUUGAAUAAAACACAGACCCUUGCACCUUUGUCUCAGAAAAAAGCACCUGUUGUUGAAGCUGAGUUAAUGCCGAUGGUUGUGAAAAACGAAGAAUCCAUGCCAGUUUUGAAUUUGGAGGCUGCUCCUGUAGGAAAAAACAUUAUCAAUAAUCAUAUUUCAGAAGAUGUUAAAAACACUCCUAAAGAAGUGAAUAAUGAGUUUGAGCUAGAGAGGAAAAUCGUUAGCGAUGAAGUUAAUAAUGAGAUUGGGUUAGCAAGAGCAAAAUAUACAUUCAGAGCUGAAACAGAAUCAGAGCUUGCUUUCAAAAAGGGUCAGCAUAUAAAUAUUCUCCGACAAAUUGACGAUAAUUGGUACGAAGGGGAACUGGAUGGAAACAUUGGGAUACUUCCUGUACCAUAUGUGGAGAUUCUGAAUGAAGCAAAGUCGUCACAUACUGAUUAUCUAACAGAAGCCAUACGCAAUGUUGAAAACAUGAAGCAGACAGAGAGAACGAAGAUAUCGAAUGAACAAGUGCAUCAUGAAGAGAAAAGAUAUAACGGCUUCACAAACGGUAAUGUUGAUAAUUCAUAUCAUGAUGAAAAUGAUAACAGCAAUGAACUUGUUGGAACUGGUCAACCUUUUAAAGCUGUUUACAACUACAAAGCGACUAACGAAGACGAAGUCGAGUUGAUCGUUGGUGAUCAUGUGCACGUAUUAGAAAAAUGUGAUGACGGUUGGUUCGUUGGGACAUGUCAACGGACUGGAGCAUUUGGAACGUUUCCUGGAAACUAUGUUGUACCGUUGUCGUGAAUGUCGCAACCAAGUGUUAAAGCCUCUAUGCACACCGUCUCUCGUGUACAAAAAGUUCUGUUCUGGUAAAUAGCCCCUUAAAUGUACAAAAAAAUUUUGUUCUGCAAAAUAUCCUUUUGUAUAUAUAUCCACCCUUAGUUACCAAUAACGUUGAUAAUUUCUGCUGUACAAGUUGAAAUUUUAAAAGGCGCUAAUUUUGUAACGCUUUUCUUUAUUUUUAAAAUAAUAAUCUCUUUUGCGUGGCGGUUCGGUCAAAUAGACCACCCGUGCUAUUUUUAGAAACAUUAUUUAUUCAUAGAUGGCAAACCUGUUUGUUGACAGGGGGAUGUCAACAACUAUUGAAGACAAUUUGAAAUGUUUGUGAAAUUGUUAAUAUAUCAAUGUGUUUUUUAUAUACACUUUUUUCCACAGCACUAUUUUGUGAAGGGGGAGUUCCAUUUUUGAAAUUACCCCAAUACUUUCUCAUUUCCAAACAUGUAUGUAACAAUUUCUGCAUAUUGGACAAUCAGACUUCUGCAUACUUCUAUUCCAACUUCGUUCUUAAUCAAAGAUCAACCUUGUUUCAAGUUUCCCUAUGAAUGGUCACAGACUUUUUUGGAAACCAUUUGUGACGUCAUUUCUACUUUUACUAUUCUCUUAAUUCGCCCUUUACGCUGGCGUAUAUUUGUGCAAAACAGCGUAAGAAUAAUUAUCGAUGCAGGAUUUGACUCUGGAGUAAAGCUGCAUUUACACGAUCUAAUACAUAAACCUCAAUGUUAUUUUACUUCCAUUUUCUAGUUUCGUAGCCAACUUAGUUUAUCCAGCGAGCAUAAAAAAUUAAGUAUGCUAGAAGUUUACUGUAAAUUUGAACAAUCGUAUUUUUAUGUUUUUGAUAGCUGUAAUAAUAUUCUAAUUUGUAAUUCUUGCAUUUUCUUGUUGUUUAAUUUUUGUAAAUGAAGUAUUGUUUGUGUAAAAUAAGCACCAUCUA